UAUGGCACGGUGCAUGUGGCACGUCUACUUCACAGGAUAGUAAACACGGGGUGAGUGGGUAUCUGGAUUUCCCGUAGAUUGGAACUUGGAAAUAUACGUGAUGUGUACUUCGAGAAGAGUACAACUGUGGUUUAGUUCAAACGUGUGCAUUGGAUUUCUUUUCGUGUGGGCUAUCGUUUCAUGGACUUUUUCGUCUACUCAUUUCACGAUCCUUUAAUGCACUACGCGCAUCUGCCUGUGAGAGAUGCUUCCUCUAUCCUUGACCCCUUCCAUCCCAGAAAGGCCAACCCCAGACCCACCCAUUCUCUUCCUCUCAGGGACGACAACCAUUCAGCACCGCACCGCCUACCUCACAAAGACACCACCUCUAAACCCUCAGAUUCCCUGAGUCACGGAGUCAUCCCUACAUUUCCACAUCCCCACCACAGUCAGACUGAGAAACAAGGUCAAGGUAAAGAUCUCCCGCACAGGAACGAGGCUGCCGUUAAACGGCUCCUGACGACAUGGCCUCAUCCAUCAAGCCUAUUUCUGCCCAAUAUGUCCAUUGUGUCCCGAUUGUUUGACAUCAGUGACGCAGGACGGAUGGGUCGACCCCUGACUAUCAAUGCCAGCCUGUUGCCAAAGGAGGAGAAGGCUAAAUUCCACAAUGCCCACAAGAGACAUUCCAUGAACGAGUACGUCAGUAACCUGAUUCCGGUACACAGACAGCUGCCUGACGUCAGGCCCAACGGCUGCAGCGAGCGUUAUACGGACCAAAAUCUACCUCAGACCAGCAUCGUUAUUUGCUUCCUGAAUGAGGCGUGGUCUACGUUGCUAAGGACAAUCCAUAGUGCGCUUGACAACGCCCCGCCCCAUCUGGUGAAAGAGGUCAUCCUGGUUGACGACCACUCAGAAUGGGAAUUUUUAGGAAAGCCUCUCGAGGAUUAUUUCAAGACAAACUCCAAAAUACGCAUCUUACGUUCCGACGUCAGGAAGGGUCUGAUGCACGCCCGGAUGACAGGCUUCUACAAUGCCACUGCACCCAUCGUCACCUUCCUCGACUCCCACACCGAGUGUACGCCAGGAUGGUUGGAGCCCCUUCUGGCUCCGAUUGUAGCUGACGGCAACGUCGUGAUAGCACCGGCCAUCGACUACAUCAACAAGGAGGAUUUCAGCUUGUCUGUAGGUGAGAUCCAGCUGUAUUUCUUCCAUCUCGGCAGCCUAACGGCCGGGGCUUCUUACAUUCCGGACAGGGAACGGAGGAGAAGGAAGCGGGCGACCGACACCAUCAGGAGCCCCGGCAUGGCAGGCGGUCUCUUCUCCAUCUCCAAAGACUUCUUCAUCCGACUGGGAGCCUUCGAUCCUGGAAUGUCGCACUGGGGAGGAGAAAACAUUGAGAUGUCCUUCAAGGUGUGGAUGUGCGGGGGGAGGAUUGAGGUAGCUCCAUGUUCCCAUAUUGGUCACGUCUUCCACUCCCACAGCAACUACCCCGUCAGCAACGGCGUCAGAGCCUCCAUCCGGAACUACGCUCGUGUGGCCGAGGUCUGGAUGGAUGACUUCCGGCGAUAUUACGAAAAAUUCAGAAUAAAGCAUAACCCAAGAAUAUAUGAUCCCGGCGACGUCUCGGAACGGCGGCGGCUCAGGGAGAGUCUCCAGUGUCAUCCGUUCAGCUGGUACAUAGAAAACAUCUACCCCGAGUACAACAUCAGCAUCAAGCCUCUAUUAACUGGACAGCUGCAAAGUGUUGGUACUCCUAAUGCCUGUCUGGCCUCAUCUACCAAAGACGACACCCCCCGGCUAUACAUACAGCCAUGUGACGACAAGGUGUACCAACAGGUGUGGAACUACACCGAUCUGCACGAGGUGAUGACAGGUGUAUACUGUAUUGACCACGGCAAUGACCAUAUCACCCUUCAGCAGUGUACAGGCAGGGGAGGGCGUGGCAGGCAGGAAUUUCUCUACAAGGACCAGCAUCUCCGUUGGCAUAGGAACAAGUGUCUAGCUGUUGGAGCGGACAAGAUCUCGCUCAACUCUGAAGACUGCCAGGACAGUGUCAACCAAAAAUGGACAUGGACCAGUCUUUUGUGAUGAAUGUGGAACAGAAAUAGGAAUAUAUUAUUUAUGUUCAGGGUGAAUGUAACCUGACGUGUGUAUAUAAUUUACAGAGUGCGAUGACAGUGAUCAUCUUUAGCUGUACAAUAGCAGGGCGAUGGGGUAACUUGGCGGUUAUUGCUGAUUAGGAAACAGGUGGUAGAUGCUUGUGUGUUGAAGGUGUUUUACAAGACGUUAGCACAGUCUAUCGUCCUGUGUGAUGAAGGUGUUUCACAGGACACCAGAACAGUCUACCACCUUGUAUGAUGAAGGUGUUUCACAGGACACCAGAACAGUCUACCACCCUGUGUGAUGAAGGUGUUUCACAGGACACCAGAACAGUCUACCACCCUGUGUGAUGAAGGUGUUUCACAGGACACCAAACAGUCUACCACCCUGUGUGAUGAAGGUGUUUCACAGGACACCAGAACAGUCUACCACCCUGUGUGAUGAAGGUGUUUCACAGGACACCAGAACAGUCUACCACCCUGUGUGAUGAAGGUGUUUCACAGGACACCAGAACAGUCUACCACCCUGUGUGAUGAAGGUGUUUCACAGGACACCAGAACAGUCUACCACCCUGUGUGAUGAAGGUGUUUCACAGGACACCAGAACAGUCUACCACCCUGUGUGAUGAAGGUGUUUCACAGGACACCAGAACAGUCUACCACCCUGUGUGAUGAAGGUGUUUCACAGGACACCAGAACAGUCUACCACCCUGUGUGAUGAAGGUGUUUCACAGGACACCAGAACAGUCUACCACCCUGUGUGAUGAAGGUGUUUCAUAGAUGUCUGAACGGCGUCAAUAGUACGUGAAAUAUUUCUGCGUGUUUCAUGGAACGCUGUAUCGUGAGAUGUCAAUCAUGUAAAUGAACGUUUGAAUAAAUACGUUUUGUUUUA